CGUUCAGCGAUUUUAAAGGAACAAAAUGGCGGCGUACGAGCGGGAAAUUCCAUUUUUGAGUAUCCCUGAGUCUGAGGCUAGCAUUCAUGGUCUCUCAGCAGUGUGGGGCAGAGGAAACCAGCUCCUUCAUACCUUCCUUCAUAAAACAAUCAAAUAUGUAUUAAUUUGAUUUGUUUCCCAUCAGAGUAUCCCUGAGUCUGAGGCUAGCAUUCAUGGUCUCUCUACAGUGUGGGGCAGAGGAAACCAGCUCCUUCUUCAUACAGGAUGUGGGCAAAGGAGGAGAGCAAUGGGCAGUGCUGAUGAAGUAGUCUACCACCAAACCCCAGCCAGACUCCAUCAAGUAGAAUGGCAGACAGACAUGCACAAUCCUCAUACAAGGAAACUUGUUAUGCAAUCUCAUGAUAUUUUUGUUUCACUUCAAAAACAACCUCCAGAACACAAGGACACAUCAAGGAAACCUCAGUUAAUAAAGUGCAGUCGACAUUACCGUGCCUUCAUAGCUGAAUGCGUGCAAGAUCUUCGCAAGGCCUCUUUGGAUCCCAAUAUUGAUAGGACAGAAGCAAGAGAGUAUGGAGACCAAUGUGAAAUCUUCCAGACUAUAGGGCUGAUAUGGAGUCUGUGUGAAAUCCUCUUUGUUGAAACAUUACCAGGUGGUAUAGUUCUACAGCAGCUGUUGGAUUGGGUCAAGCUGCACUUCACUGAAGGGGACGUCAAGGCUAGAAAUGUUCUUAUGGCUGAGGAGAUUGAGACGACUGAAGAAUAUUGGUCGGCUAUCUACAUCUACAUCCUGCAAGGAAGAUUAACUGAGGCCAGGCAUAUGUUAUCACUGGAUCCAAAGUUUCAACAAGACACUCACGGGGCCUAUGGUAAAAUCGAUGAGUUGAUGAGACGUAUGCCUGUCUUUGGGACCCUAAGUCGACAGUCCCUGGCUGAGUUUGACCUGAAGUGGCGUCACUGGCAGGAUACUUGCAGGCAAUGUCUAGAGGAUCACAGCUUUACCUCUUAUCCAAGGCUUGAAGUUAUUUGUAAGAUCCUUUGUGGUGACCAGUCUGUUUUACUUCAAGAGGUUGGGGAUUUGAUCCAAGAGCUUGGAGGCUGGUACCACCUGAUGGUCACUCGGCUUCUCUACACCAACCCAACGGUCAAGGCUUUAGACCUUCAUUACCAUGCAAAAGCUAGCAUGGAUGCAUGUGGUGUCACUGGCAGAAUGACAGCAUUGGACAGUAUCUUGGAGAAAGCCUUAGAGUUUGAUAUCUACCAGAUGAUUAAAAUCAGCAGUGCUACAUUGAGUAAUUGGUGGUUUGUAUCUCACCUUGCCGAUCUCCUUCACCAUUGUGGUCAGUUGGACUCUCAUCAACUCAAUUUUGGAUCCGAUCUGAGAGAGUUUCUUCUUCUUGAAUAUGCCUCUACAUUGAUGUCACAUAAUAGUUUCUGGCAAGUUGUUGCAGAUUACUUAGACUACUGCUCCCAGUUUGGAAGGCAUUAUCUUGAAUUAUUUAUUGAGCGGAUUCCACUGAACUCCGAGAGGAAAGCCCUGAAGGUGUUGAAGGCGUGUGAAGAUAGAGAAAUGAAGGAACAAGCCCAGAGCAUCUGUAAGGUACUUGGGAUGCGCUGCUAUCGUCAGGGUCGCCUAGGUUCCGCCCUGACCUGGUGCCUACGUUCACAUGACCCAACCUUUGCCACCUACCUGGCGGACAAGUUCCUGACAGAGUACAGCCUGAAAGGUGGUUUCACAAACAUUGAUCUCUUAGAUAACCUAGGAGCUGGGAUGCUGCUCAGUGAUAGACUUACAUUCCUUGGUAAAUACCGUGAAUUCCAUCGCCUGUAUGAGCAGGGAGAUUUCAGUGAUGCUGCAGCUCUUCUCUUGUCUUUACUUCGAGCUAGACUUGCACCAAAACAGUUUUGGUUGACCCUACUGACCGAUGCCUUACCUCUCCUUGAGUUGGAGGAGGUAGUGUUCAGCAGCAAACAGACAUCUGAGCUUCUACGAUGCCAUGAAGAGCUGGAUAAAUGGUUCAAAUCAGAGGAGUAUCAGACACAGAUCCUACCCAAGAAGAGCAAGGGUCAGCUUGAAUUGGAGAAGGAGAAACUCGAGCUGCUUCAGCUUGGUUUGUCAAGGAACAUAGCACAGGCAUUGCUUCAAGAGGGUUAUGGGUCACAGCAAAACUCAUGAUAUAACUACACACUGCCUCAUGAAAAAGUAUCCAGAUAGUGGACUGUAUAUGGCACCAGUUGCUAUCUAGAGCAGAGAUAAUGAUUUGUGGUGUUUUAUCAAAAUACCUGAAUGAACAUAGCACUAGUGGCCAGAGCAUAGAUCAUGGUAUAUGGUGUCUUGAAAAAAUCAUGUGGACUGACAUUACUCUUGCAGCCAGAAGAGGUUAUGAUGUAUGGUGUCUCAUCAAAUGAAGUGAAUGUAGCAGAGUAUAGUGCGCUGUGGAUCUGUGUAGAAAUCAUGAUUUAAUGAAGUGGUCUCGUGAAAUAACAGUGAAUUGAACAGAGCAUUCAAUGCUUCUAAAGCAUGGAACAUAACUGCAGAUUUCACACUUUAAUUAUGGUGUCUCAUAAGAACAAAAAAACAACUUAUGUAGUAAAGGCAUUGUUUAAAGAACUGUAUAGGUCACAAAAGAGAUCAUGAUGUCUCCAGACAAAAAGGUAGAUUGCUUUGAUAGGGCUGUGGAUAUCUUUGACUGACUGGCGACAUUGUACACUCUUAUCAUGUGAUGAAUUACUUUGUCUCGAGCUUUUCUUUGUUGAUAUUUAUUUGAAUGAAUCACUACUCUAUAAAUAAUAAGACAAAAUUCAUUGAUAUAUUCAUACUAAGAUUCAGAAGCUCAGAACUAUGGUCAUGUCUCGUGAAACAAAUAUUGAGCCAAUAUUUCUACCCGUUCUUCAGCUUGCCAUAGUUAAGAUUACUUUGAAUGAAUCACAACACAUGAUAAGACUUGCUCCUUUCGUUAUUUUUACUUUGACUAAGAGACUCAGAGCUCUGAUCAUGGUGUCUCUUGAAAAAAAAAUAUUAAAAGGGCUGAUUAAUCUGCCUCAUUCUUUAGCUUUCCAUCGUUGAGUUUAUCAUAGUUUAACGCAAGUAUUGAUAAUAAGACGGUCCCAAUUUCUUAAACAUCAUGAUCAAGGCCCGUAUUUUGAACUGCAUUUUAUUUUAACUCUGAUAUAAAGCUGUGGUUUAAUUUAUAGAUAUCCAACUGUGGCAAUAAUCUCUAACAAUACAAGUUCAAGUUAUCAACUUAUAUUCGACAAUCAAAUCAAUCGUAAUUGUCAGGAAAUAUUGUCUUCACCAUUAUUGCACGAGGUAAGAGCAGAGUAAACAUAAACAAACAAUGUAAACAAGGUUUUUGACUUUGUCAGCUUCCCAUAAUUGUAGCACAGAGUUAGACCAUGGUCUAAGUUAAACCAGGUUUCAGAAUAUGGGCCUAUGAGUUAGAGGCUCAGAGCUUUAGUCAUAAAAAAAUAAAAAGUCUAGCAAAUGAAGGUCAAGAGCAGUGAAUGCAACAAGAACAGGGAUUUUUUUACAGUGUACUUUUAAAAUGUUGUCAAUGAUUAAAACAUGGAAUGAAAAUGGAAUUAAUGAUUUCAUUUCUGUAAUAUGCUAGUAUUACUGUCACUAAAUUUGUGUCCUUGUUGAUAACUUGCAUAUGCCUGUGUUGCUACUGCAAUGUUCCCUUUCAGUAAAGCAUCUUUCCUCAUGAUCAGUUGCCUAUCCCGACAUGAAGCAGCAACAUUUUCAGUGUAUGGAGUGAAUUGCCACACUUAUGCCAAUAAAUGCUUAUGUGUUCCAAGUCCGAAAAGAUUAUCAAAACGUGUGUAGACAAGCUCAUGACCUGAUUGUGAAUUCAUUAAUAUUGAGUUAAGUCGAAUUGAAUGAUGAAUUAUUUUAGGCUAUCUUUUUCAAAGAAUUUUAAUAGAUAGGUAACAUUAAAGUCCCAAUAGUUACCUUUACAAUUUUAUUCCAUAUGUAACCAGCCACCUCAAAACCAACAAUACGUCACCAGGGAAGGUUCUCUGUACGUAGCCAAAACAGUUAUUUUGUCUUCCAAAGGAAUGAAGAAAAAAAAUUGUAUAUUUUUGUAAGAGUAAUUUUUUUCUUCAUACUGUCAAAAUUUCAAGUUGUAAAGUUGAAUAGAAAACAAGAUACAAGAGUUUCUGUGACAAGUUUUUGUGGAUUGCUUGGAAAUCUCAUUGAGAUUGCACAGUGUGCACAUCUAAUGCGUGAGUGAACCCCGAACUUAAAACGUUGUUUUCUCUUGAUUUUGGGAAGCUCUCACUUUUUUUUUUAUAAAUUAAAUCAAGUACUUGUCUGCGUUAUUUUUAAUCAAUUUUGACGAGUUACACAUCAGUUUGAAGCUUAGGAUUGCUCUUUUUCAACUCGAUAAAAAUAUAUAAAUUCCUUUUGGGCGACUUAUUGUUGGAUUUGGUGUGGUUGGUCACAUAUGCCCUUUUGUCAAUCAUGUGAAGUAAAAAUGUAUUUGUAACCUGUCAAUCCCAUUGUAAAUGUCCAUAAUAGUAUGAAGUGGUGCUACACAGAUACUUGUGGGCUCUUGUCCUUAUAGAGGUGUGCUGUCAUACAAAAGAACUAGAGAGUACCAGCUUUUUCUUAUUUUAUCACUGCAGGGAAAUGACUAGGUAGGUAGCUCAAAAAACCUGGUAAUUUUUCAUAUGCCAGUGGUAAGGUAUAUUUUAAAGCUUGAGUGCGAUUUUGUGAUAGCAAUUCACGUAGUUGCCUAAGAGUUAUGUCCAUGCUUAUAUUGCUUCAAUACACACUGUCACAUUGAGUGAUAAUUGACCUCAUUCAUUAGAUUUUUUUUUUUUCUUGGGGGGUGGCUGUUGCCUUGAGGUCAUUCAAACUAGACUUUACUUUAAAUUGAUGUACAGUAAUACAUUGACUAGAUUCUUUUUUUAACCCAGUCAACAGGUUGCAAAAAAAAGUAAAAAUUGUCAUUCCUUGAUAAAUCUGACAGAACACAUGCCAAUGUUGCCACCCCCCCCCCCCCUCCCUCUGUCCUAGAUCCAUGCCUUGAAAUGUGUAAGGUAUAUGUUAUGUAAAUGGAAAAUCAUCAGCUCUGGAGUUAAUAUGUUGAAAAUACUAUAUAUGUAAAAUAUAUUGAAGUCUUGUAUAAAUCA